AUGCCAGACCAGCACAUGCAAGACGACCAAGAUGUCCAAAUCAACACUCAGCCCACUCUCACACCGGCUGGUGAAGAACUGGACCACGCCCAAACAGGCCAUACGGAAGCACCUUGCCCAGAAGAUCUGCAAAGAGGUGUAUGGCACUCUUUCGGUUUCCAACCCCGAGAUCCAGAUACGCAGAAUACACUAGAUGGACAACAAGACGCGUACCUGCCUUCUCCCCUGCCUUCCGCCGCCGCCAACCAGCCAACCCUCCCGACGACUAUCACCAACACAGAGGAGAUCGAGAUGUGCGCGCCACCGCCAACGUUCGAAGCCAGCCCGAGGGAGGGGGAGAGGACGGUCCUAGGCGGUCCUGGGCCUUCUCACACGUCGUCAGAUCGGGCUUUGACCCAACAGGGGCAUGCGGCUGAGGGAGAAGAGAAGCAGACAGAGUCGAGCGUUGGCCCCGACCGUUCAUCUCGAGGUAGAGGCAAGAGAGGCAGAGGCAGACCGCGUUCCAACGAUAUCAUCCGCUACCCCAGACCCCCGCGCUCUUCACCCAGACUUGCCGAAUGUGCCCAAGGUCUUCAACUCCAGCUCGGCUCUGCGCCUACCCUCGAGGGUGGAGAGGAUUCACCGCUUGCUACCGUUACGCGUACGAGUCCCCGUCAGCAAACGCAUCUCGAUGUACCUCCCCACCACGCUGGGGAGGGCACAAAUGCAAGAUACCAUCCAUACAGCCAGCCCUCGACGCCAUUCACCAGCUCCUUCCCGUCCACCUCUACCCCCUCCCGAUCCGCCCGCUCCAAAGCCCCCAAAACACCAACACCAAACACCCCCUCAACCCCCUCUCUCUCGCACACCAACUCUCCCACCACACCCAUAACGCCCACCUCCCUCGCCCGGCGCCGAGGGCUGAACCAAGGUUAUUGUUUGGAAGAAGCGAAGGGGUUGAAGGAUGAAGUUUCGCCGAUGAAGGGUUCUGGGUGGCCUGGGUGGGGACCGUUGGGGAGUGGGGGAAGGAGGAGAAGGAUGGGGAUGAGCAUGGGCAUGGGGACGGGGGUGGGGAUGGGGAGCUCGCCAGGGAUGAGGAUGACGAGUAUGGACUUUGGAGCGGCCAUCCCCCGCCGACCUCCUUCGAUGACGACGAGCGAGCUGCCUCCGCUCAACCCUGCUGCCGACUCGCCCUCCAGGGGUGGUAAUGUUGGGGAUGUUGGUGCCCUUGUUGGCGGGCAGGAGAAAGCGAUGGAGGGGCCGGAGGAUAGUGAGAUGGGUGAAGAAGAUACUGCGCCAGCUCCGCCGACUUUCAUUGAGAAUCCGUUCCUCUCGCAGAACACUGCUCAAUCUGUCGAGUACCCUCCAUCUCCGCGAAGCCGAGCGAUCAAAUAUGGUGAUGAAGAAGAGAAAGAGGACGGAGAAGACGGGGGCUCGUGCACCAUGUUGUCCGAGUUGCACCUGAAGGAAGAUGAUUCCAAGCCAUAG